AUGGCAAUGUCUAAUGGUUCAUCAAUAUUGGUUGGAACAAUAAUCUACGUAGUCUUAGGUGUAGUUGCAUGUUUUGGAUUCAAUUUUUAUGUCACCAAAAAAACUAAAAAUCCUCAUGAUGUUCCUGAAAAUAGAACGUAAUAAUCAAUUUCAAUAUAGAAUAACUCUUGUAAGCGUGACUAUUGCUACAUUUUGUGUUUGGUUAAUGUGGGUAGUUGCAUAUAUGGCAUAAAUGAAUCCAAUUAUCACACCAGAAUGGGAAAGCCAUUAACCAAAUGAAGAAACUUGA